CUGAGAGUUCCGCCCUAAUUUUACCCUGCUCAUUGUACCGCACACUGUUACUAAAAUGCUUUAAUUGCAUUUUAGCACAAAUAUACCAGACACGCAUAACUUAAGCAUAACUUAAGCGACCAGCUGUAGUUAUCUAGGUGAGUUCUAGUUAACCAGCCAGCUGAGCUCUGCGGAGAGUCGGCCCCUCCCUCUGGUUGCUCAGCUGCUCCUGUCACAUAAACGUUACGUAUAUUCAUGUAUGACCACCAGAGACACGACAAAAUUGUAUUUUUUUCAACAACUAAACAGUACAACCAGCUGCCAUGGCCUCAGGCGGGGCCUCAGUGCCACCAGCCACCCAUUAUGCCACCAAGGUGGAGCUGACCAUCUCCUGUGAGAACCUCAUGGACAUGGACGUCUUCUCUAAGUCUGACCCCCUGUGUGCCUUGUACAUCAAUACCUCAGGCUCCCACUGGUAUGAGUUUGGACGCACAGAGAUGAUCCUGAACUGCCUGAAUCCAAAGUUCGCCAAGAAGUUUGUGAUGGACUACUAUUUCGAGAUGGUGCAGAGGCUGAGGUUUUGCGUGUAUGAUAUUGACAAUAACACCUAUGACCUGGGUGAUGAUGACUUUCUGGGGGAGCUUGAAUGUACCCUGGGCCAGAUUGUUUCUAGCAGGCAGAUGACUCGAUCUCUAUUGCUGAAGAACAAGGCGCCGGCAGGUCGUGGGACCAUCACAAUCUGUGCUGAAGAGAUAACAGACACCCGAGUGGCAAACCUUGAGGUGUCGGCCCGCAGGCUGGACAAAAAGUUUCUGUGGUGGUCCGACCCUUUCCUGGAAUUCUUCAAGCAAACAGAAACUGGAUGGCAGCUGGCUCACAGGACAGAGGUGGUCAGCAACAACCUAAACCCAAUAUGGAGGCCUUUCCGCAUCUCAUUGCGAUCUCUCUGUGGAGGAGAUGUGGAGAGACCUGUAAAGGUUGACUGUUACGACCACCACGUUAACGGCUCCCAUGACCUUAUUGGGUCCUUUAAAGCCACACUGGCGGAGAUGCAAUUGGGAACACACAUUUCCCCGGCUGAAUUUGAGUGCAUUUCCCCAAAAAAGCUAAGGAAGAAAAACUAUAAAAACUCUGGGGUCGUUUGCGUCAAGAACUGCCAGGUGGUGAAGGAGUAUACCUUCCUGGAUUACAUUAUGGGAGGUUGUCAAAUCAACUUCACUAUUGCCAUCGACUUCACAGGCUCCAACGGGGAUCCCAGCUCUCCACAGUCCCUCCACUAUAUCAACCCUGAAGGCUACAAUGAAUACCUGACAGCCAUCCAGGCAGUGGGCAAUGUCAUCCAGGACUAUGACAGUAACAAGAUGUUCCCGGUCUUUGGCUUCGGAGCCAAACUCCCUCCCUCCUGGCAUGUUUCCCAUGAGUUUCCUAUCAACUUCAAUCCAGCAAAUCCGUUCUGCGCAGGCAUAGAGGGUGUGGUGCAGGCCUACCAGCAGUGUCUGCCCCAGUUGAAGCUCUGGGGCCCCACCAACUUCGCUCCGAUUAUCAACCAUGUAGCCUGCUUCGCCAGACAAGCUCUCCGGCAGAAUAUAGCCUCACAAUACUUUGUGCUGCUCAUCAUCACAGAUGGAGUGAUCACAGACAUGUACCAGACACGCACGGCCAUAGUGGAGGCCUCCCGUCUGCCCAUGUCUAUCAUCAUUGUUGGAGUGGGGGGGGCGGACUUCAGCGAAAUGGAGUUCCUUGACAGUGAUGACAAAUUGCUGAGUUCGCCCAGAGGUGAUGUCGCCUCAAGAGACAUCGUCCAGUUUGUGCCCUUCAGAGAUUUCCAAGGAAACAGCGUGGCCCUCGCCCAGAGCGUCCUGGCAGAGCUGCCUGAUCAAGUGUCCUCCUUCUUCAAUUCUUUCAAGCUGAAACCCCCUAAUCUAUUCGGUGUUCCUGACCCAUCCUAGAAAGGUGGGUUAAAGCAACCCAAAUACCUCAUAUUAACUAUUUAUCUGCAUCUCCUGCACCCUUUUUCUGCUUUUAGUGUAUGGAAUGGCACAAAUAAAUGCCAAGAAAUGCAUGUGGCUAUAUAUAAAAUUAAUAAUAGUGCAUGUAACACCUGCAAGAAUAUGUUAAUAAUGUUUGCUUUGUUGAUUAAAUGCCAUUAUUUCUCUUUCUUCUCCCUGUAUUACCUCCUCUCUGUUGUUACGUUGCACAAUCUCUCAGUACUAUAAACCAUAUUUCUUAAGAGACACGUUUAGCGUUUUAAUCUUCAAAUCAUCUGAGAUAGCAGUAGGCUCAUAAAGUGCCUGGUGUGUUUUCUGUCCGUCCAGGCAGUGAGCUGGGAAAGGCUGGACAGGUUGUGUCAGCACCACCACCAUCACACUGAUGAGACACUGUUCCUCCUGGUUGCCUCUGUACAUGCAAGCAGAGUUUAACUAAUAAAGCGCUUUGAGUGAUCGGAAGACUAGAAAAAGCGCUAUAUAAAAGCAAGUCCAAAAAAACUAAUGUAUAAGAUGGUGUAAUUUUGAGCGUGAUGUUAAUUAAGUACUAAGUUUGAGCCUGAUACUGAGUGUUUAAUGGAGCAUGGUGACUGAAUUUGAGGGAACGUGUGUACCCAUAAAAAGUGUAAUCCCAGUUACAGCUAUUGUAACACAUAAUUAAAUAGAUAUACAAGCAUCUAAUGCACCCGACUGUGAAAGGAAUGUGUUGCCAAAUGUAUGUUUUUUCACUUGCAUCAGUGUUGUCAUAUGAUUUAUGUUCACCUCAAAGACCAUGAACUGUUACCACAAAGAGUUUUGCCUCUCCUGGCAAUGUGGUGAUAUUCUGAUGAGAGAAACUUUAUGUCACAACUGGCAGACAUAAAUCACAUCACAGUCCAGUAAGCUAUAUUUAAGUUUGUAUCUAGCUUGACAACAACAUAUAUUAUACAAUGUAUGCAACUGUCAAUAAAAAUAACUUACUACCAUUGAA